UUUAAACCCCUUGUGGAGUUUCCUCAGUGCUUUAAAUCUGUUCCGGGGCAGGAGGAGCCCCCGCUGGCCCUGCCCGUCCGCCUCCCGGGUUUCCUGUCCCGCUCCCGGUGGGUGCGGACCCCCGCCCAUCCCCUCUCUCCCGCAGGCCCGGAGCUGUCUCCCGGCGCUGMGGACACGGCGGCUGCCGCGGGAUSUGUCAGCGAGGCGGAGCUGAGGCGSCUGCCCGAGUUCAACCCCCCGUCSUUCAUGCCUUUCGGGAACGUGGGCACCCCCCUGAGCGUGUUCCUGGAGCUGAUCCGGACCUGCAGGCUGCCCCCCCGCAUCAUCAAAAAGCUGCAGCUGCAUUUCCCAAAGACCGGCUCAUCCCGCAGGUAUGGCAACGUGCCCUUCCAAUACCAGGACACUGAGACGGUGGCAGAGGAAGGAGGAGUUUACACGGCUGAGGGGGAUGAGAUCACCGAGGGAGAGGAGCCGGUGCCACCCUCGGGGGUGCCUCACCCAGCCCAGCCCCAGCCCCAGCCCCACGAGGAGGAGGAGGAGCAGCACCAGGAGGAAGAGCAGUCACACUCAGAUGAUGACAAUGACACGUGUGAGGAGUGGGAGAGGCACCAGGCCCUGCACGAGGAUGUGACGCAGCAGGAGCGGGCGCGGGAGCGGCUCUUUGAGGAGGAGAUCGAGCUCAAGUGGGAGAAGGGCGGCUCCGGCCUCGUGUUCUACACGGACGCGCAGUUCUGGCAGCAGGAGGAUGGAGGUGACCCUGCACUCUGUGUCACUGAGCCCACCAGCUCAAAUCAGCCUAAAGCCCUGACAGUGGAACCACCAACACCUCCCCAUGCUGCCUCAGCAACCUCCAGCAAAGCUUUCCUGCUUCCCUCCAGGUACCAYGGGGAGAAGCUCCCAACUUUUAUCAGGAAGAAGAAGCCUCGUGGAGACUCUUCCAUCGUCAUCUCCACCAUCUACGAUGAGCCCGAGCCCCAGGACACGGGUGACACGCUGCUCCGGCGCCAGCCCCCCACGGCCAUGAAGUACAGGCAGGACAUGGCCUUUGUCCGGGCAUCCCAGCCUGCYCUGGGCAGCCUCAGGGCACAGCCACGCUGAGCAGAGCCUGGCACAGCCUUUGUCCUGCUCCCAGUCCAGGCUGGCUCCUGGUCUCAGUGUUUUAUAUAUUUAUUUUUGGAAAAAAUACAGCUUUGUAAUAAAAUUUGCCAUGGUGGGGCUUUUUUUCCACACAAAUUGAA